AUGGAGAGCACUAAUGCGACAACAGCAACGCUUGACCUGGUCGUUUUCUCGACACACGGCGAGCGCCAGCUCGUGGCGGCUUUUUACGGCAUUAUCGCGGUAGUGGGGACGCUUGGUAACUGCGUGGUGAUCUUGGCGCUCCUCCUGUCCCGUAAACUCCGCACCGUGUCCAACGUUUUUGUCGUGAACCUGAGUGUGGCCGACUUGAUUUCCAGCCUGAGUAUCCCCUGGCAGGCUGUAGCCGUGCUGAGCGCGGACGGAUGGCCGCUGCCCGACUGGAUGUGCGCCAUCGGGGCCCUGGGUGUCCUGGUCCCCAUAGGGUGCAGUUUGAACACACUCACGUUGAUCGCCAUCAACCGUUUCGUCAUGGUCAACUGCACCAAAGCGACCUACCGUAAGCUGUACCAGAGGCGCUGGCUGGUUCUCAUGGUCGUCUGCGCCUGGGCUUUGCCGGUUGCUGUCGCCAGCGUCCCCUUAAUGUCGGAUUUUGUAGACCUGGGUUUCGACGCCUUCUUCAGUACGUGCGGAUGGGACAGCAGUAAUUCCAACUCGCCAACCUAUGCACUGGUCUUGGCCGUAGUCAGUUACCCGGUCCAGCUCGUCACCAUCAUUGCCUGUUACUUGGCUCUUUUUGUCCGUCUCUGCAAGUAUCACCGUACCAUCUCUAUGAGGGUGGGCCCGGAGCAGCCAGGGACAAGCCAAGAGAACUCCGUCUGGAACAUUAGCGGUGUGGCUCCCUCACAACAGAGACCCCAAAUCCGAGGAAAUUACAACAAGCGCCAAACUGAAGUCACCAAAAACCUAUUCUAUGUUGUGUGCGCGUUCUUUCUGUGUACUACGCCCUACGUUGUUUGUAUCACUCAGUACGGCACGUACAAACUUCUGCCUUACGUAACUAUUUUGCUUUUUGCAAAUUCCUGCCUCAAUCCCUUUAUUUAUGCUACAAAACAUCCGGAUUUCAAGAAAGUAUUGGCCUGCAUUCUCCGAUGCCGAUUCAGCUCCAUAUCAGGAAAAAUACACAUUUUUUAA